AUGUCCAAGAAGCAAAGCGUCAACGCAGCCUCGUUUUUGGAUCUCAAAGCCGAACUUGCUAAACAUGAAGAUGCAUUUACCAAGUCAAAGUCGGCGGGAAAGGGCAAGGCGGAACCUGUUGUCGGAGGUAAUAAACGACCCGACAAGAAACGAUCUGCAUGGGCGCGAGAAAACAAGGGCGUCCAAGACCGAGCGCGACGAGAUGCCGAAAUAGACCAAAUCAACAGACCUACGCUUGAAUCUGCUCGCGCUAAACUGGAACGCAAAGCCAAGCUAUAUGACCAACUUCAAAAGGGCAAGGGAGCAGGGCUUUCCGAAAAACAGCGCGAGUCGCUGUUGAUAGAUUUUGACAGCCGGGAUAGCGGAGAUGAUACGGACUCCAGUGGAGAUAGGGAUAAGGACGAAUCGCUGACCGUUCCCAGGCAUGAGGAGGACGACCCAGUGAUCGAGUAUGAGGAUGAAUUUGGGCGCAUCCGAACUGGUCGGAGGAGUGAAGUUCCGCGAGAUCGACUCCCGGAGAGCUAUAACCCCUUUGCUCGAUCCGGGCGCUCAGUACCCGCCGAUGAUGACCCAGAUGUAGUCUAUGGCCGAGCUACCAAUUUUCCUGUCUAUGAGCCGAGUAACGAAAGGCGCGCAGCCAUCGAAGCGUCGCUUAUCGAGGAACCACUUGUGGACCGGUACGAUGCCAGUAAAGAUAAUCGAGCGACUGGCGCCGGGUUCUACCAGUUUUCCAAAGACGAAGAGACUCGUCGCCAACAAAUGGAAGAUUUGAAGCAGGCGAGGGUUGAUACGGCGAUAGCGCGUGCCGAAGUGGAUACUGCACAAUCUCACGCCGAGCCCGGAGAACCAAAUCCUCAGGAUUUAGCCAUUGCAAGAGCCCCCAGUCGUGCGGUAGAAAAGCGAAGACAAGAAUUGGAAGAACGACGCGAGAUGCUUGAUGCAAAACGGAAAAAGAUGCUCGGCCCUGUAGCCGCGGUCGUGGGUGGUGGGGCAGACGAUUUUCUAGCUUCUCUUGAGAAAGAAUUGAUUCCCACUCCUGCAGCGACUUAG